UUUUUUGCGCUGUCGCACUGGUGUUGUUUUGAGUUUCUUAAAGCGAGUCAUUCGCGAAGCGUGAGACAACCGAAUAAAUAUAAACAAUUGCUGUAGCAGCAGUGAAAAAUGUUGUAAAUCCAAAUAAUCUAAUAGUGGUUGUUUCAAUAAAACAAAGCGGUCAAUAAUAGAUUCACCGGGUGUUCUCUAGGGCGUAACUUCCUAAUACUUAUGUAGCUUGGCUGACGCCUAAAAAUCUCUCAAAUAUCCGAAGGCAAUGGGGAACCAAAAUAUAUUGUAGUGCCCAAGUUCAUACUGUGUAUAUACUACAUACAUAUGUACCUAUAAUAUAUAAUUAUAUGUACUGUGAUCGUAAAUAAAAGGACAGCUUUUGAAUCAUCAUUCAGCUACGUGAAAGCAGAUAUUAGUUGAAUUAAAGAUUAUUGAUUACACACUUAGGGGCCUUCUAUUAAAUAUACAUAUAUAGCUGUAAAUGUUGUUUGUUUUUUACCUAUUGAUAGAAUAUGUUUUUACCGAAUGUACCAGAGAAUGCAUACAUAUGUUGAAGCGUAAAGUGUAUAGUUAUUCAAGUUUUUGUGUAGCCUCCGUUUUAACUAAGGAUAUAAAAUGUGUCUUGGGGAUUUAUGUAGAAAACUGCUCUGCUGUGGUGACCAGACCAAACAGGGCGGUUUGAAUGAGGCCUCAUUUUACGAAUAUUCCGAUGCACUGCCAAAGUACAGCAACGAACAAAUUGGAAAACUAAGUGAAGGAGUUAGCUUCACCAUUACUGGCAAAAUAGCAAUUAACUGUGAGAGAUUCUCCAUAAACUUGGUGCACAACAAUGAGACGCGGGAUGUGGCACUUCACAUUAAUCCACGAUUGCCCCAAAAUUAUAUCGUCCGAAACACCAAAGUGGCCGAUAUAUGGGGCAGCGAGGAAGUUUCUUCAGCACUGCCUUUUUUACUGCGCAGAGGCGAUAAUUUCGCCAUUCAAGUGCUCAUUACAGACGCUUGCUAUAUGAUAUCGGUGAACGGUAACCACUUUGCUGAGUAUGCUCAUCGAAUUCCAUAUAGCGCAGUUAAAAUUCUGGAGGUAAAAGGCGAUGUCGAAGAUGUGGAAAUGCAGCGAAUCAUAGUGGAAAACUAUCCUCAACGAUUGCCCAAAUCACAGGCUAAGAACAUUGCUCUCCACAUAGAGGACGGACUUGAUGAAAUUGAUGCCAACAUUGAGGAGGCUAUCAAUAUACCUCAUGAAUGGUGCCUUAUCAGUGCGCCAGUUACACAUUCAGACAGCCCAAAGAGUACACACAGCACAAACGAUCCAGGUCUUACAUUGCCAUAUUAUGGCGCCCUGCCAACGCAGUCAUUAGUUGAGGGUCGAUGCUUGAAGAUUGAAGGACGCGUGCGUCUUCUUCCACAUUCAUUCUACAUAAACUUGCAGCAGGGCCGGGACAUAUGGCCACAUCCUGUAAUAGCAUUCCAUUUAAACCCCCGAUUCUCGAAGGCAAGCAGCGGUGCCAUCGGAAAAGCAGUCGUGUGUCGCAAUGCCUGGUUCAAUGGUAGCUGGGCGGAAGAGGAACGUUCAGAGUUAGAUACAAAUUUCCGUCCCGGUCGAACUUUCAGUUUAGCCAUUGUAUGUGCUAAGGAAUCAUUUGAAGUCUAUGUCAACCGGCAGUUCAUAACAGAAUUUAAAUACAAAGUAAGCCCCGAGAUUGUUGACACAGUGUACAUACAAGGAGAUCUGAAGUUAUGGAACGUCACUCUGGAGCACAAUCCGAUGGUUAAAGGGAAGAAUGUGCGUAUCUAUCACAAUCCCAUGUACUAUGACGAAUACUAGCUAUGGAGAGCUGCAUCUUGAACCACUACGAGCAUGAAUUUUGUUUAUUCAUUUCUUUUGUCGAAGUUGUUGAGCGACAAUAAUAAAUUGCUAAGCUUGUUUUCUAUGAGUAAAAAAA